AUGAAUACUGUUACCCCCUCCACCACUCUCUCUCUUUCUCUCUCUCUCUCUCUCUCUUUUCCUUUCUUUUCUCCAUCUUGCUUUUUCUCCUUCCUUUAUUCACUUUCUUUUCUAUUUUCCUUCUUUCUUCUUUCCUUCCCAUUUUUUCUUUCUUCUCUUUCUUUUCUUUCUUUCUUUUUUACUUCCUUAUUUCUUUCUUUCUUCUCUCCUUCUCCUCUCACAUCUUUCCUUUCACUCUUCUCUCUUUCCUUCCUCUCUUUCAUUCUUUCUUUCAUUCCACUCUUUCUUCCUCCCUUCUUCUCAUUCUCUUUUAAGUCUCUCUUUUCCUCUCAUUUUCUCUUUAUUUUCUUCUACUCUUUUAUUAUACUUCCUCUUCUUUCUUUCAUUCCAUCCAUUCUCUCUUUCUCUUUCUCUUCUUGUUUUUCUUCUCUCCUUCCUUCACCUCUCUUCUUUAUUUUCCUCCUUCUACUCAUAUCUAUCUAUCUAUCUAUCUAUCUAUCUAUCUAUCUAUCUAUCACAGAGUUUUUAUUCAUAUAUCUAUCUAUCUAUCUAUCUAUCUAUCUAUCUAAUUCCUUUGCUUAG